AUGUUACACUUUGCACAGAUGGUACGCACAAAAAGUAUGGCGCCGUUCGAUCAAGGACCAGAGGGCAAUACGAAGAAGUACGGCAAGGCUUUCCCACCAGAAUACGACAUGGGCCGUGUACAUUGCCACACUUAUCUGUUCUAUUCGGAUUAUGACUGGCUGGCAAAUGCAGCGGACGUCGAACAGUUCCUGAUCCCGUCCUUGCCAAAAUCCAGCGUCAAAUUCGCAAGAAGGCUGAAAGAGUUCAAUCACAACGACUUUCUUUGGGGUCUCCGUGCUCGCAAGGAAAUCUAUGAUCCGAUCACGAAUAUCAUCAAAAUCGACACACGACGGCUACUGAUCCAAAAAGCUUGA